CCGGGUUUCGGGAGCAUCCUUCCAGCGCCGGCCCCCGCCGCGGCGCGUAGUCCAGGGCAGCGCCCCUCAGAAGGGCACCGCGGAGGAAGGCUAGGCCAGAGAGCCAGCUCCCUUCUCUGAAGAAGGGAUGAGAAGGACCCUGCAGUUGCCAAUGGGCAGCCAUCUGUGGGAGCAAGUGGACUGAGCAUUGCCCUCUGAGGUGGAGGGUAGGGUGAGAAGGUGCCGAAGGACAAAGUAGACAAAGCCCCUUUUCGUUCUUCCAGGAUCCCCUAGAUGGAAGAGAAGAGGCGAAAAUACUCCAUCAGCAGCGACAACUCUGACACCACUGACAGUCACGCUACAUCUGCAUCAAGAUGCUCCAAACUGCCCAGCAGCACCAAGUCGGGCUGGCCCCGGCAGAACGAAAAGAAGCCCUCCGAGGUGUUCCGGACAGACUUGAUCACAGCCAUGAAGAUUCCAGAUUCCUGCCAGCUCAGCCCGGAUGACUACUACAUCCUGGCCGACCCAUGGCGACAAGAAUGGGAGAAGGGUGUGCAGGUGCCGGCUGGAGCAGAGGCCAUUCCAGAGCCUGUGGUGAGGAUUCUCCCGCCGCUGGAAGGCCCCCCUACCCAGGUGUCCCCUAGCAGCUCUGAACUUGGCGAGGGCUCCCAGCCUGAUUGGCCUGGGGGCAGCCGCUAUGACCUGGACGAGAUUGAUGCCUAUUGGCUGGAGCUUAUCAACUCGGAGCUCAAGGAGAUGGAGAGGCCAGAGCUGGAUGAGCUGACGCUAGAGCGUGUGCUGGAAGAGUUGGAAACCCAGUGCCACCAGAAUAUGGCACGGGCCAUUGAGACACAGGAGGGGUUGGGCAUUGAGUAUGAUGAGGACGUCGUCUGUGAUGUGUGCCGUUCUCCCGAGGGCGAAGAUGGCAACGAGAUGGUCUUCUGUGACAAAUGCAAUGUCUGUGUGCACCAGGCAUGCUACGGGAUCCUCAAGGUGCCCACGGGCAGCUGGCUGUGCCGGACAUGUGCCCUGGGUGUCCAGCCAAAGUGCCUGCUCUGCCCCAAGCGAGGAGGAGCCUUGAAGCCCACCAGGAGCGGGACCAAGUGGGUGCACGUCAGCUGCGCUCUGUGGAUUCCUGAGGUCAGCAUCGGGUGCCCUGAGAAGAUGGAGCCCAUCACCAAGAUCUCACAUAUCCCAGCCAGUCGCUGGGCUCUGUCGUGCAGCCUUUGCAAGGAGUGCACAGGCACCUGCAUCCAGUGCUCCAUGCCUUCCUGUGUCACAGCAUUUCACGUCACAUGCGCCUUUGACCAUGGCCUGGAAAUGCGGACUAUAUUAGCGGACAAUGACGAGGUCAAGUUCAAGUCAUUCUGCCAGGAGCACAGUGACGGGGGCCCUCGGGGUGAGCCCACUUCUGAUCCCGCGGAGCCCAGCUCAGCUGGUGAGGACCUGGAGAAGGUGACCCUACGCAAACAGCGGCUGCAGCAGCUAGAGGAAGACUUCUACGAGCUGGUGGAGCCCGCUGAGGUGGCUGAGCGGCUGGAGCUAGCUGAGGCACUGGUUGACUUUAUCUACCAGUACUGGAAACUGAAGAGGAAAGCCAACGCCAAUCAGCCACUGCUGACCCCCAAGACUGACGAGGUGGACAACCUGGCCCAGCAGGAGCAGGACGUCCUAUACCGUCGCCUGAAGCUCUUCACACACCUACGACAGGACUUGGAGAGGGUUAGAAAUCUGUGCUACAUGGUAACAAGGCGUGAGAGAACGAAACACGCCAUCUGCAAACUCCAGGAACAGAUAUUCCACCUGCAGAUGAAACUGAUUGAACAGGACCUGUGUCGAGAGGGGUCUGGGAAGAGAGCAAAGGGCAAGAAGAGCGACUCGAAAAGGAAAGGCCGUGAGGGCCCGAAGGGCAGCCCCGAGAAGAAAGAGAAAGUGAAGGCGGGGCCCGACUCAGUCCUGGGGCAGCUGGGCCUGUCCACCUCAUUCCCCAUCGAUGGCACCUUCUUCAACAGCUGGCUGGCGCAGUCAGUGCAGAUCACAGCAGAGAACAUGGCCAUGAGCGAGUGGUCACUAAACAAUGGGCACCGCGAAGACCCCGCCCCAGGGCUACUGUCAGAGGAGCUGCUGCAAGACGAGGAGACACUGCUGAGCUUCAUGCGGGACCCCUCACUGCGACCUGGGGACCCUGCCAGGAAGGCCCGUGGCCGCACCCGCCUGCCUGCCAAGAAGAAGCUGCCACAGGACGGGCCUGGCUCACGGACGACUCCGGACAAAUCCCCCAAGAAGCCCUGGGGCCAGGAUGCAGCCAGCGGCAAGGGUGGGCAGGGCCUAGUGGCCCGGAAACCAACGCGGCGAACACCUUCCCACCUGCCGUCUAGUCCCACAGCUGGGGACUGUCCCAUCCCAGCAGCCCCCGACAGUCCCCCGCCUCUGGCCCCCGAGACCCUGGACGAGGCAGCCCCAAUGGCUGCCGACUCAAAUGUCCAAGUGCCUGGCCCUACAGUGAGCCCCAAGCCCUUGGGCCGGCUCCGGCUGCCCCGAGAAAACAAGGGAACCCGGAGAUCGCCAGGUACCAGGCCUGAUGCUGGGACAGGACCGCCCUCUGCUGUGGCCGAGAGGCCCAAGGUCAGCCUACACUUUGACACUGAGACUGACGGCUACUUCUCUGAUGGAGAGAUGAGCGACUCAGAUGUGGAAGCUGAGGACAGUGGGGUGCAGCGGGCUCCCCGGGAAGCAGGGGCUGAGGAGGUGGUCCGCAUGGGGGUACUGGCCUCCUAAGUCACCCCCACCCUGUCCCAGGCCCUGCCCUGGUCCUCCCACGAGGCCUCAGCCCAGUCACAACUGCCAUUUCCAAUCUCUGCUGAGUGUCUCAGAUCCUUGAGACUGCCACUCUGUUGUGGUUUUAUUUUUAAUAUAGAGAGAGUUUUGAAUUCCACACUGUUGUCUUUCCUCUGUGCUGGCCUAGGACGUUAGAAUUCCUUCCACGGCUCUGGCCGUAGGGGCUCUAGCAGGUCCUGUGCCCCACCCCCGCCGCAGCAGCACCCCGCCCCAGCCCACGAGGCAUUGCUGGGCUCCUGGCUAGAUGUAGGCGAGGCGAAGAAGAGCUCAGGACUCCAGCCCGCUGCCACUGGGUGACACAGACCGUCGUUUGGGCAUUAUUUCAUGGCAGAUGGGCCAGCCCAGGGCCUGCCCCGCCUUGCCCCCAAAUUCUACUGGGGUCCAUUUGGGGGGUCCUGCUGCACUCCACUGAUCCCCAAGGAAGUAUACUAAGUGAUCCCCAGCCAGAGUCUACUCACUGUCACAAGCACAACGAGCUUAUACAAGAAAGCACUGAGGGGGUGCAGAGGGCCCGCUGGUUCCAGAGGAACCACCGCUGUUCCUGAUCAACCCACAUCAUCUGAGGCCUGCCCGCCCACCCCGCGACCCUCCACUCCCUUGCUGCUCCACCCCUGCCAGUGCCCAGCCCGGCGGCUCUGAGAAGGGGUUCCUAGAAUCCUUCCUGAGCUGUGCCAUUUACUCAGGGGACUCCCAAACAGCCAGCCAGCCGCCAGUGCCGGUGGAGGGCUGCAAGGGAGGGCCAGUGCCCAGACAGGGGCGUGGGGCUCAGACUCCCCCCACUUAGAGAAUUGCUCUGGGGCUCCAACUUCCUUCCUUCCUUUGGGGCCAGUCUCGGCUGACGUCUGGUCACUCCCAGACAGCUGACCUGACCAGACCAGACCGUUUGCCUUUUCAAAUUUUCCAAUCCUGCUAUGAGAUGAGCUUCUUCCUCAGUUUCCUUUUGGAAACUCCUCCUUCCAACAAGCAAGUGGGAUCCCGGGGCCCGGGGCAGGCCGUGUUGGCCUGCUAUGGCUGUUUCAAGUCUUGCUGGAUGUUCCUGGUUCCUCUGUCCCUGUGAGCCGUUACCCCCUUCCCUGGUUCUGCCCUCCCUACCCACCACCACCCACCCACCUUUUCUGUCCCAUCCCCUAGGUCCCAGGUAGUUGCUCUGAUGAGUGUCAGUGGAGUGGCCCCAGGGUGAUAGCUCAGGGAACAAACAAUAAAAGGAAUUCAGUGAAAACAUGUUUUUUUUGUUUUAUGAAUUACUCCUGGGUCACUUCCACCACUGGUGAAGCCAGAACUUCUCCGACAAGAAAUCUUGCAUAAGUCCAGUGAAUCAGUCGAAUCAUUCUGUGGAUGCCAAAGAAUAUUUUGACCAUAAUACAGCACAGCCUGGACCUGACAACUUGUCGCUUGGACUUUUUUUUUUUUUUUUUU